AGAACUGUUCGUGGACUUUCAGCUGUCCCAAAUUUGAAAACUCCUUAACCUAAGUUACAAGGACCUCUGUGAUCCAAGCUCUGCCAAGUUCUUCCCCAAGUCGGCUGCUGUCUUGCUCGGGAAGGCUGGGAAGACCUGAUGUUGGGGGGGUUUGACAGUCCAUCUCCUCCACAAGCUGUCCCUUAGACAUUCACUCUCGCCCCCCAGUUCACACCAAGAGCUGCCCACCCACAAAACCCCUUCUUCGCCUUUUGAUUUCAGGUGUCUUACCAACUUAUUCUUUCUCCCAGCACCCUGUUUGUUUAUUUUAUUCUGAGUGACAGUGUUUAACAUUUUAUCCAUGUCCUCCUCAACUUUGAUUUAUUUUCCUCCACUAUUUGAGGUCAGAAAUAAAAUCUGGACUCACACCAUUAUCUCCAGGACCCUGGACAGCACCAGGCACAGACUGGGUUCUCAUUAAGCCUGUUGAGUGGAUGUUGGGAGGGUGUGGCAUUAGGGAGGGGUAGGGUGGGGGCAUGAUUUUGUUAAAAUUUUGCUUAAAUAUUAGGCCUCUAAACCCAGCAGAUAUACAAGACUACAAUUCAUAGUCAGGCAACACCUGGUUGAAUCACUGUGCUUCUCAAGGAUUUCUCAUGGCAGGUAAGCUGGGUGAAGGCAAUGCAUGCUGAAGAUGCUAGAGGUUGAGUAGCUGGGUUGUGAUAAACUGAGGUGAGAGGGGCGAGAGUUUGUGGUAGUCUCUGAACUUCGCCAACACUGGCUCAUCCGUCUGGGGAACCACUGGGUUAUACCAGCAGGGAAUAUUUGAGAAACAUAGUGCUUACUGCAUGACAGGUCAAUAAAUCGACAGACGGUUUUCUUUUCGUUGUUUUUGGCUGUGCUGGGUCUUUGUUGCUGCUCGAGGCCUUUCUCUAGUCGUGGCGAGUGGAGGCUGCUCUUUGUCGUGGUGGCUUCUCGUUGCUUCUCUUGUUGAAGAGCACAGGCUCUAGGGGCUUUGAGGGAUGUGGAAUCUUCCCAGACCAGGGAUCAAACCCGUAUCCCCUGCAUUGGCAGGCAGAUUCCUAUCCCCAGGGAAGUCCACAGACAAGUUGCUGGGACAGGGAAUAUCGACUUUAUUCAGAAAGCCAGCAGACCAAGAGGAUGGUGGACUUGAGUCCCAAAGAACCUCUGUGUCUGAGUUACAAUUCAGGCUUCUUUUAUUCUAAAAGGGGAGGAAGUAAUACCUCCGGAGGGAAUGUGUUAAUGACUUUCCCGCAGUCAUCCUCAGAAAAACGAAAUUCAACUCAGCGAUUCCGCACACGCUUUAAUGGAGAACAGCUAGGAGCACUAAGAGAUGUAUUUGAAAGGACCAGGUACCCACAUUGGUUCCUCAUAAGAACACUUGCUUCAACUAUUCAUCUUGAUGCGUCAGUUAUAAAGACUUGGUUUAAAAACCAACGUGUCAAAAGGAGGAGGGAGGAGAAUCAGACUCGGCAAAAUCUGUCACCAGGAGACCCACGCCAGGUUGUCUCAGUGAAGGAGGAAGAGAUGCCCUUACCGGGCACUUCCGGAAGCAUUCAUCCCACGAGUCUCAGCCUUGCAGACUCUGAGUUUCCUAAGGCCAGUGUUUUCUUUAAAGUUGAACCCAGAGGCCAAGCCACAAUACAAGAAAUGGAAACAAACAAAAAUAAACAAAUGGGACCUAAUUAAACUUCAAAGCAUUUGCACAGCAAAGGAAACUAAACAAAAAAGGAAAAGACAUCCUCGGGUUGGGAGAAAAUAUGUACAAGUGAUGUACUGGAUAAGGAGUUAACAUUCAAAAUAUAGAAACAACUCCCAGAGCUUAAUUUAAAAAAGAACCCCAUCAGAAAGAGCAGGCGGCCUGAAACAGACACUUCACCAAAGAAGACAUACAGAUGGCCCGCAGGUGCGUGAAAAGAUGUCCAACAUCACAAAUUAUCAGGGAGACGCAAGGCAAAAGCACCACAAGUUGGUGAGCUGGCUGUCAUCUUUGGCUCAGCAGGUGUGGGGAUGGCGGGACUAUGAGUGGGUGAUUGGACCCCGGAAGGUACCUGUAGAGACCCAGUACCUGAACGUUUGGGACAGUGAGCAAUCACUAUGGCGCCCGGCCCCAAGGUCACUACCAACAGUGAGCUCCAGGUGGCGCCAUUUGUAUAUAACAUGAAAAACCCUGCUCGGGGAUGGUGUGGUCCUCUCUCCCAUCUGCUGUGGGUGGGCAGCUCUCCUCCGUCCUCUGCACAGGCAUGGCUGCUUCUCAGGUUCACAAGAAUAAACACUUGUGGAUAAACACAAGUGGACACAGGCUGAAACUCAACCAACUGCUUUCCAGUGGGGAUGCUCUAUCCAAGUUCCCUGCCUGUUUCCAGCAUUGUUGCUCAGGGCUGAAGACUCACCCCUUACCCUUGCUGUCCAAACAGGAUGAGGGCCAGAUCCCGAGAGGCAUUAACCAGGCAAAGGAUAUUUUAGGCCAAAAGAAUAAAAUUUAAAUGAAAAUGGAGUUUCUCUUUGGAAAUAUUCAUGAUAACUGACAUGCAAAAAAGUAGAAAAUCGGAAUAGACCAAUAACUGAAUAAGUUAUAAAGGAAGUAAAAAGAUCUACACUCUAAGAAAGACAUUAGACUUUAGAUUUUAAUUAGGUCUAAAGGCAUUAGACAUUAGAUUUAUUAACCAAUUCAUUGUGCAUUCAAAGAAAGAAUUCCUAGGUUAUAGAAAGUGGUCCAGAGAAUAUGGACACUACUCAAAUCAUUUUAAUUAUUAGCAUAAUUCUCUUAACAAAUCUAGAAAAACAAAAUAGAAUAAAAUCCAGGUCAAUGACACCCAUAAAUGGAAGGAAAAUUUCCGGAUAAAAUACUAACAAAUUGAGCUCAGUAAUGUUUUGACAAGUACUCAAAAUAACUGAUAGGGUUGCUUUCAGAAAUACAGAAAUACCUCAGUGUUAGAAAGUUUGUCAGUACAUUCCGGCCCUGAUCACAUGUUGAAGAUGGAGUAACACUUUGAUCAUCUUGAGAGAGACAGAAAUGUUGCAAAUUAAAGGGAGGAGUCUGAAAUUCAGUCAUCUCCUCCCUUUACUGUUCUUCCAGCUGUAGGGACAGGAAGCCGGAGCACAAAUUCAUCAUUUUUUAAAAGUUUGAGGAGAGAGGGCAGCUGGUGUCUGAAUCCUCAACUACCUUGACUGCAGAUGGCAAAAAAGGGAAAGCCAGAGAGAUGGGAGAGAGAGAGGAAUGGGGAGGUGGGAGAGAGGGUGAGGGACACAGGAAAAGUGAUUGAGGCAGAGACUGGAAAAUGUAGAAAUGGAGCAGAGACCAGGAGCAGAGGGAAGGACUGAGGCUCAGAGAGAGGGGAUCCUCGGAGGCAUUUCCUCAUCUGGAAACCAUGAUUCUGACGCUUGCCAGCCACAGAAUUGAGGGCUGAGUCAUGUAGUAUCUACAUGAUUUCAUCAAUUGAGCUGCUCUGCUUUCAGCCUCUCUAGAAAUUGUAUUUAUCCUAUAACUGAGGGCAUCUUACAGUUGCUCUGUAUUGAACAGCAAUCACAAUGCAAUCAUCCUUGCCUGGCUGUUGUUUCCAAUAAUGUGACUGGACCACUACAAUCUCAUAAUACUUAAGCCCAAAUAUUUUAAAACCAUUUGAAGAAGGAAUUUGAAUCCAGUUGUUGUCUGGAAACCCGUUCCAUUGAUACAUGGUGAAAGGAAGAAAGCUGAGCUCGGAAGCAAAUCCAUGGACAGUAGUUGAGCAUUCUAACAAAUGUUCCAUCAGUUAUGCUCUCGAUAGCACAAGGACAGUAUUUAUGGGAAAGCAAAAAUGUUAAGAACUCUAAAUCAGAAAAUAAGUCAAAAUGUUUGCAGUUUACUUUGAGAUGCACUGGUGGAUGGAUACAUGUGUAUGAAGCAAGUGCAGGAAAAAAAUUC